AUGAACUUUAAGGGCAAAUCGUGCUCUAAAAUUAUUCUGGUCAACGUUUAUCCCACUGAUCGUCCAUCAGAGAAAAAGACUAUCUAUGCCAUAGUUGAUGACCAAAGCAGUCGUACACUCGCUCGUUCACAGUUUUUCAAUAUGUUUGAUAUGAACACUGACUCUGUGACUUACACAUUAUCAUCAUGCAACGGUUCUGUGACACUCACCGGCAGAUGUGCAUCAAACUUUACGUUAGAACCAGUAUUAGAAGGAAACCGAAUUCAUCUACAGUCUGUGAUAGAAUGUGAUGACAUACCCAACUGCAGAGAGGAGAUUCCUACACCAGAUGUGGCACGUGCAUACCCUCAUCUAGCAGACUUAGCCACUCAUAUACCAGAAUUGAAUGAUGAUGCAGACAUUUUGUUACUCAUUGGAAGAGAUCAUCCAGAUGCUCAUCAUGUCUUAACACAGCGAACUGGACCUCAUGGAGCUCCGUUUGCACAAAAACUAUCGUUAGGAUGGACAGUUAUAGGAGAAUGUUGUCUUGAUAAGGUACAUGUACCUACGAACAUUGUGACCAACAAAACGCACAUUCUACCAUCAGGAAGAAGCUCGACAUUUCCACCUUGUCCUUCUUACAUACAUGUGUCUAAAGUUGCAGACAACCCAUUCUGUAGUGAGGAAAUAAUGACUACUGAUAUUUUUGUGAAAACGCCCCAGGACAAUGAACCAGGCCUGUCAGUGAAUGAUCGAGAAUUCCUAAAAAUUAUGGACAAUGAAUGUUACAGAGAUGAGAAUGGAAACUGGACUGCUCCGCUUCCAUUUAAGACCAGUAGAGAGAAACUUCCGAAUAAUCGUGAACAAGCCAUGAAAAGAACUCUGUCAUUUCUAGCUUCUUGUAAAAGGAACAAGUUGAAAAUGGAACACGCAAUCUCGUUUAUGAACAAAGUGUUUUCUAAAGGACAUGCAGAAAAAGCACCAGAGCUUAAGGACGGGGAAGAGUGUUGGUUCCUACCGAUCUUCGGCGUCUACCACGCAAAAAAGCAAAACCAAAUACGUAUGGUUUUCGAUUCAUCUGCAGUAUUUCAGGGACACUCCCUGAAUUCAGCUCUUUUAAGUGGACCCGACCUUACCAAUAGUCUACAUGGGAUUCUACUAAGAUUUAGAAAAGAGAAAGUAGCUGUGACAGGUGAUAUUGAACAAAUGUUUCACUCAUUCAAAAUUCGAGAGGAUCACAGAAACUUUGUACGAUUUAUUUGGUUCACAGACAACGACCCAGCUCUACCUUUAAUGGAAUACCGUAUGUGUGUUAACCUAUUUGGAAACUCACCUUCUCCGGCAGUAGCAACAUAUUGUUUGAGACAGUGUGUUAAGAUCAAGGAGUGUGACCCAAGAGUUCGUGAAUUCGUUAACAGAAACUUCUAUGUAGAUGACGGUCUCGCAUCUUACCAAACAAAAAAUGAAGCAUUAGAAAUCUUACAGAAAACACAGACUACACACAAAGAAGAAGGGAACUUGAGGUUUCAUAAGUUUGCAUCAAACAGCUCGUAUAUCAUGGAUGUACUACCUCCAGGCGACAGGGCUAAAGAUUUAUCUGACGUGAAUUUACACUUGAAUGCAGCACCAUUACAACGGAGUCUGGGACUCAUGUGGAAUGUAAUGUCCGACGCAUUCACCUAUCAGUUUGUACCCAGGGUCAGGGACCCUCCGCUAACAAAGAGAGGAAUUCUUUCAUGUCUGAACAGUCUGUACGAUCCACUUGGAUUUAUAUCCCCUCUCGGCUAUGUUAAGGAAGGUCAGAGUUCACAUUCCUUGUACAUCCUAUUGGAAGUUUAA